UUGGAAAGAUUGUUCACAUUUUCAUUAUACAGGAGAGACUGUUUUUUUUGACUAAGCGGCUUUGUGGGUGGUAUAGUGAGCAUCACAGAGCAUUUGAGCUCACAGUAUGUCCUACUAAAGCUAGGGAUCUGGUGGAGCUUAGUGACCUAGCAGAUGACUACCCAUUGGCAGAUUACUCUGUUGGAUCUGUCAGAAUGGUGACAUUAAAAAGAUAUGUUCUUGUGUAAGAUGGUUGAAAAUGGCUAUUCCAAUAAAGCUGCGAAUUAUCCUUGGAGUAAACAAUUCACAAAGACUUACCCUACAAGAUGGAAUUCCAGACACUGUAGGUGAACUUCAACAGCACAUCAAGAGUCAGUGUGGAGUUGAAACCCCCUUCAGGCUGCAAUUUAUGGAUGCGGAAUUUGGCAAUGAGUUUACUAACUUGACUUCAGUGUCAGAGAUCCAAGACAAAGGUACCUUAAAGCUCAUCUUUGAUUCAGCAUCAUCUGAUCUUCCCGGUGGCCCCCCACCCCCUCCACCCUACUCUACUGUCAUACCACAGUCCAUUGAUGAGUCACAAUGUUCAUCUGGUUCCGCAAAUGAUACUGACAUUUUGUCCACUCCUGAAUCAUCCUCUUCACGUUCAUCUGGUUGGCCUGUGUUUUUUCGUGUGCCACGUUUCCCAUAUGAUUGUGAGCUGCAGCUGAACAAAGCCAAUGCUGCUUUUAAAGAAAACGGAACACUGUUGGAUCCAGACAUGAGACUUAAAACGGCCAUUCUCGAAAGUUUGGCUGAAGAAAUAGUACAGUACAAAGUGUAUCCCUCAGACAGGGAUUUUGACGAAGUUGCUGAAGCCCUUGUUGAAUCCCACCCAUGUCUUAAAGAACCAGGCUCUGCCACCGGAUAUGGUGGCUGGAAGGUUAGCUUAAAAUACAAGCUAGCCAACUACAGACGGAAGCUCAAGAGGCUUGGAUGUCCAGAGGUGGAACUAAAUUCGCUCACAAAUAAACCUGUCGACAAAUGCAGCCCUGCAUUUAGUGUGAAGAAGCCUAGAAGGGCAGAAGUAAACUACUGUCCCACCUUCCCAGCUAGUGAAACUGCAGAGUCGCUUGAAAAGAUGAGAGAGACCCUUGCUUCAGAAGCAAACAAAAGAAACAACGAGGAGACUGUGGCAGCACUGAUGGAGAAGACUUUUGCUCACAGAAGACAAGAAGUUAUUCGUGAUGCACCUUUAAUUGCUUUUUUCAAAGGCAGAUGGCCAGCUCUCUUCUGUGAACGUGAGCUAACUGCUGAAUUUCGGAGGAUCACAACUGUCAGUUUGCUGUCAAAGUUCUUCUCCAACAUUGAUGCUCAAUCUUCCAAGCUGAUGAGGGUGUUUGGCAAGAAAGGCGGAGCUCAAGGAAGAAGGAUUACGCGCAUCAUGGUACCCAUUACCCAGACUGACUCCAUUGAUGUGAAGAGAGAGUGCAUCCUCAAAGCCUUGUGUGUGUACCUGAACGAAGAGCCAGAGAACCUUUGGAAAGAGUACAUGGACACUGAAAGCAGUGAGGCUGCAAUGAGGGAUACAACUUUUGGAAUCUAUGUGAUUCGCAAAGAAGGUGCAGAACCGGAUGAUGGACCAGAAGAGGUUGGGAUCAUUCUGGAGGGCGUGGAAGUUCUGGCAGAGCUGAGAAAUGUGCCACAGGCUGUGGCCAUGUUGUUGGCGCUUGUGUACAGUCUGAACCUCAGCUACCCUCCAGAACUGAAAUACACAUUUGAGGCAUUGCAGAAGAUAAUAAUGGAGCUUGAUGGAAACAGACUCUCAAGAAAAAAUCAAGCACUGAAAACUCUGCUUGCUCGUUAUUAGUCACUGUGGUUAAAGCCAAAUGUUUGUUAUUGGCCAGGUUUUAUAGUAUUUCAAUUUCUAAUUGUUAUAUUUUGGAGUUUUAAAAAUAGAUUAAUGCAUAAAGUUUGCCUUGAAUUUUCACAAAAGUUUUCAAUGUGGAAGACAGACAAAAACGUUGGCAUUAAAAUGGUUUGCACUGAAUCAAAUUGGGUAAGAAUUGCACACUGCUAUUUUUGUUUUCCUUAUGAUUGAUUUUUGUUUAGCUCAAACAAGUACACCAAAGUUGUGAUGGCUUUUCUGGUUUGAUUUCUUUGUUUUCAUGGGAAUGUGCAAUGAUUUUAUUUUCUUGUUUUUUCAGUCAUCUUUAAGGAUGUCUGCGUUUGCACUUAAGUGUUAAGUCAGCCACUUUUACCUUCAAGCAAUGAAGUAAAGUUUUAUUUGAAAAAUUCA